AUGUUAUUUUUUAAUUGGAUCUUCUAUCUUGGAGCUUCAGCCUUGCUCUGGAUCACCGUCCAAGCUCGACCACGACCGUCCCAUAACAUUGUAAAGCGUGAGUACUUUGAAGAAUGCUAUAUCAACAACCUGAACUACAAGCUACACAACGAGACUGUCAAGUUGAUCGGUUACAUGAAAAUCAAAAUUCCAUUUGAGGAGAUUGACGCGUUUGAAGAUCACUACUUCAGAUACUAUACCGAGCUGCAGAAAUUCGAUUCUCAUUUCUAUAACCAGGGUUCGAUGCCCGGUUGCGGGUGCUUAAUCAAUCAUCAAGGAUCCAUGAUCGAAGCUAACGAACUUGGUGAAUUUGAAAUCAACGACGCUGAUAACGAUUGCGUAGUGCUUGGUCGGAAACAAACAGAUCACAUUCGUGGCAUCCACAGCAACAGUAUCAGAGACGGUAUCAUCUACCUCGCAAACAAGGCCCGUCCAACACAUCGAAUAGGCAAAGUUUUCGUGUACGACUUUGGAUACAGGAGCCUUGACCACCAUCACGAUCAUUCACAUUAUAAACGCAGCGACGGCGAAAUAGGCUGUAUUGCAAACCACGGAGGUGUAAAUUGCAGCGACAAGUUUAAUAUUUAUUCAAAUCGGUGUCCAGAGAAUAAAAACACCUGUAUGGAUUAUAAUGGAUAUUUUACAGAUUGCAAGAAAGAGCACAAGUACAAAGGAUUUCUUGGUAGCGAUUGUGCGACUGCUCUUGCGCGGGGACACUGCUGGAAUGAGAUUAUGGACUAG